AUGGAAUCGAAUAUACUUCAAACGUUCGAGUAUUCUGAUGAUGUGAGGGAGGGGAAAAUUGGAGUAAGCAUUAGACCCGUGAACGCCCCCAAGCUCCCGGCCAUUGCCCCAACCCCCCUGGAUCCCCCGCUGGGAAACCGUUUUGGGAUAGCCGAUGGUAAUUCUGAAGAUGCUGAGAAUCAUGUUAAUCCGAUGAGGCCAUUCUCCGUUGGAAUUGCCAUAGGAUGUGCCGGGUCCAAUAAAGAUAAUGCGGACUGGGCUAUCUCGGAGAUCACUGGAGCGGAGCGUGUAGACUUCACCUUUCCGCUCAACCACUUGACAUCGUGUGCUCCUGUUCUAUUGAACCGCCUGGCACCGGCCACCGCACCGGUCGACCCUGGCCCAGUUGCAACAUCUCGCGUUCCCAAUGAUGUGCCACGAAUGCCGGCACUAGAACUACUAGAGGUUGUCUAG